AUGUCUACCACCAACAACCAUCAUUUGCAAGCCGAAACCCUAUUCAACAUAUCCAAACAAAUCAAGCUCAUCCACUACACCAUUAAUGUCGGUGUUACCUUCCUCGAAACCUCCGACAUCUACGACCCUAAAACCAACGAAACCCUUCUAGGCAAGUUGCAGGCUUUGAAAGGAGGAAUUAGGGAGAAAAUGGAGUUGGCUACCAAAUUUGGUAUCAGAGAAGUAAAUGGAGCGAGGGAAUACUGCGGAGAUCCGGAGUAUGUAAGAACGGCUUGUGAAGCUAGCUUGGAGAAACUUGGCGUUGAUUGUAUUGAUCUGUAUUAUCAACACAGGAUUGACACUUGUUUGCCAAUCGAAAUCAUAGUUAAUUUCUUCCUCCUUACUCGAUCCUUUAUUCAAACCUUUUGUUCAUCACUCGAAUUACAAGAAUGA